AUGAGAGUUCCCUUCACGCUUGAACUUGCUUCUCAUCACAAAUCCUCCCCUUCCCCCCCUCUCCCCUCCAUCACGCCUCCCUAUCCCUCAGCCUUUGCUGCUCACGGCAAGGAGCAUCCCUCCUCGCGAGUCAACGCCCUGCUGCCACGAGUCAACGCCCAACGCCCUGCUGCCACGAGUCGACGCCCUGCUGCCACGAGUCAACGCCCUGUUGUCGCGAGUCAACGCCCUGCUGCCACGAGUCAACGCCCUGCUGCCACGAGUCAACGCCCUGUUGUCGCGAGUCAACGCCCUGCUGCCACGAGUCAACGCCCUGCUGCCACGAGUCAACGCCCUGCUGUCGCGAGUCAACGCCCUGCUGCCACGAGUCAACGCCCUGCUGCCACGAGUCAACGCCCUGCUGCCACGAGUCAACGCCCUGCUGCCACGAGUCAACGCCCUGCUGCCACGAGUCAACGCCCUGCUGCUGCCUCAAGAGAGAUGAGUACCUUCGCUCCAUGCCCUCGACCCAUUUCCCCCCUUUCCACUGCACUGCACUUUUCUUCCACGGACUUCAUUCUCAUCAUCACAUACUCCCCUCCCCAACAACCCCCCCCCCACCCCCACCCCCCCCGCCUCCCCCACCCGCGCCUCCCUAUCCCUCAGUGGCGUUGCUCGCGGCGAGAAGCAUUCCUCUGGGGAGCAUCGCGUGGAGGCGAUGGGAGCAUCGCGUGGAGGCGAUGGGAGCAUCGCGUGGAGGCGAUGGGAGCAAGGGGAGCUGCUGUGGGGACGUGUGGCGGAGCGGAGGCAGCAGCGGGCGUCGUGGGCCUCUUUCCCUCCCAGCCAGCCAGGCGCCAGCACUCAGCGUCCAACAGAUGA